GUCAUGGCUUUUGGACAGCUCUUUCUGCUCUGAUGAAAGGUUUCAAGCUCACCUGUACUGCUACUAACUCAAGCACCCCUGCUUGCUCACCUGUCCUGCGAAAGCGCUCCCGCUCGUCCACGCCCCAGCUGAGCCCUGAGGCUGACGGCAGUAUGGUGGAGAAGGGUUCAUCGGACCAGGGCUCAGAUCGUUCCCCCACCACCCCCGAACAGCAACAGACCUCCCAGCACCAACGCACCUACUCCCAGUCUGUCCAUCCCACCAACACCAACACUCGCAGCGGUGGCAAGAACUCCAAGUCUCACAAGCGGCACACUAAAAAAAGUCAGAGCUGGUACAAUGUAUUGAGUCCCACCUACAAGCAGCGCAACGAGGACUUCAGGAAGCUUUUCAAGCAGCUGCCUGACACUGAACGCCUCAUUGUGGACUAUUCCUGUGCCCUGCAGCGGGACAUCCUCCUGCAGGGACGCCUCUACCUCUCCGAGAACUGGAUUUGUUUCUACAGCAACAUCUUCAGAUGGGAAACCCUGCUGAUGGUUCGAUUGAAGGACAUCUGCUCCAUGACCAAGGAGAAGACCGCCCGCCUCAUCCCUAACGCCAUUCAGCUUUGCACCGACAAUGAAAAGCACUUUUUCACCUCAUUUGGAGCGAGGGACCGGACAUACAUGAUGAUGUUCAGACUGUGGCAGAACGCUCUCCUAGAGAAGCCUUUAUGUCCAAAAGAGCUGUGGCACUUUGUCCAUCAGUGUUACGGUAACGAACUUGGCCUGACGAGCGAUGACGAGGACUACGUCCCUCCUGAUGAGGACUUCAACACCAUGGGCUGCUGUCCGUCUCCGUGGUGCAGGUACUGUGAAGAGCUGCCCGUGGAGGAAAACGUUGAACACAACGACGCCGGCGAAACCCUCGCCAAGAACACCGAGGCCAAGCCGGAUGUCAGCCCGCUCCUGCCCCACAAAGUCUUCCCCAGCAGCGCUCCACCAGAGCUGCCCGGCAUCGACUCCUCUGUCGUUGUCCAGCAGUAUGACCUCCCCCCUGUGGAAGACGAAGCCAGCCCUCUACCUGACGCAGACCUCUUGAAACUCCCGAUGCUCGAGAAUCGCAGCAGCCACGCUCUUUCACCAUCACCGGACCUCAACGACGAGGACCUGCCCACCGAGCUCAGCGACUCAUCCGAGACGCACGACGAAUGUGAGGUCCAGGCUUUCCACGAAGACCUGAACGGCAAGCAGUAUAUCAACGGGGUGUACAAAUUUGGUGUGGACAAGAUGUAUAACUUACUUUUCACCGAGUCGGAUUUCAUGAGGGACUUUCGGGAGCAGAGGAGGUUCUCAGAUGUGGUGUAUCACCCAUGGAGGAAAGAGCAUGAGGGUGACCAGACAAGAGAGAUCAUGUACACCAUUGCCCUGAAUAAUCCUCUGGCUCCCAAGGCGGCCACAGUAACUGAGGCACAGACUCUUUACAAGGCGAGUCAGGAGAAGGAGUGCUACAUUAUCGACGCAGAGGUGAUCGCCCAUGACGUUCCCUACCACGACUACUUCUACACUCUCAACCGCUACAUGCUCACCAGAGUGGCCAAGAACAAGUGUCGUCUUCGGGUUUCCACAGAGCUUCGUUACAGGAAGCAGCCGUGGGGACUUGUGAAGGGUUUUAUUGAGAGGAACUUCUGGAGUGGCCUGGAUGAGUACUUCAGACACUUAGAACUGGAGCUGAAUAAGUUGAAUGUGGUGUUGCUGGAUCCACAUUCGCCCAAGACCAAGGCUCUGAGGACGGGCACCGGCCAGCGGAGGAAACAGACGCUGGUUAGGACGGCGGGGAACAUGGACGAGGCCUUCAGCCCCGUUACCACGCCUGAGGAUGAGGAGGAGGAGGAGGACCAGCACAUCAAGCAUGUGGCAGGAUCCACGCAGACCAGACACAUACCCGAUGCUCCAGGGGGCCUUGCACUUUACAACUUAUCCAAACUGCUGCUUCUUAUCAGUCUUGUGAUCUGUGUAAGCCUGAUACUGCUGAUUGUUCUCAACGUAAUGUUAUUCUACAAGCUCUGGAUGCUGGAGCACACCACACAGAGUCUCGCUGCAUCACAGGGACUGAGACCACAAGAAAGCAGAGCUCCUGAGACCCAGCUGGAAUGGGUGCAGCUCCUGGACUCCCAGCAGCGUUACCGCGAUGACGAGCUCCAGAAAUGGAAAGGGAUACUCAAAUCGUCGGUGCUGCUGCUUGAAAAGCUAAAAAGCUCCCUUCUUAACCUCCAUAAGAGUAUUGGCAACAGGGACCAGAACCCUGAGUCCGAAAAAAGAAGAAACCAGCAUCACUGAUCGAUAAUCUCAAGGCAUGCGGACAUGAUGUGCAAUAUUCAACCUACCUUUUUCGGAGCCUGUGGACAGAGAGCGAGAGUGUUUGGCCUUUUUCAAGGCAGCGCUUGGAGUUCAGUCAGUGACCUCACCGACCUGCAGUAGGUGAGCGUGCACGUCGACACCACGACGAGUCCUGCAGAGACAAAAGCAUUGGCAGGACGUGUCUGUAGCUUUACUUCUGUUGUUCAUCCACAUUCCUCCUCACAAUGCUGCAUCACAAAGUGUUUUUUUUUUCUUGCCAUGUAAACUCUGACCCAAAGCAUGCAGCUUCUUUUUCCAAAUCUAUCUGGAACUUUGUGCUUUCACUUUGCAAACAACAUGCAGACACAUCUUCCCUUUCUUCAAGGAGCUCCGACAGCUGCUGUGUCAUUUCUGGACUCACUGUAACGAAUCUGUAACGGCGUAUGUGUGUGUGUGUGUGUGUGUGUGUGUGUAUGUGUAUACAGCAGUCAGGGCUAUUUUUACCAGGCAUAUUUGGCAGAUCAGGGCUGGUUUCCCUGAGACUUUAUGCCAUACUUUUGUGAUUCUACAUUGUAUGUUUAUGUUGUCUAAAAUAUUCUGAACUCUGGCUCGGGCAUCGCUCUGCAGCUUUUUGAUUUAGCGACAUGUCGAUAAGGAGGAAAGAGAGAGAGUAGCUGAAGGUGGCACGGCUCCAAGUUUUCUAAUGUGUUGCCAAGGGAAUAAAGAAAUGUUUUGUUCACAGCCAACCAUUAAUGGCAUUCCAGUGUUUUAAUGAUUUGCUCAGAAACAUCUCAACUGCUUCAUCACUGCCAAGGCAAGUCAAUAACUUGAAUUUAAUUUAAGCGUUUUAUGUGUGCGACUUUACCUCGGUUUAUUUCAUGCACCAGCUUCUACGUCUAUGCUGCAAAGAAACGAGAUGAAGGUUUGUGUCCAAUGAUUUGAGCCAGAGAGCGAGCAGAAGUCGAGUGACAUAGAUAGUGAGUAAGAAGAGGGAGUCACUGGUGAAUCAGCUGAAGUUAUUUUUUGAUUGUUUCAUAGCGUUUAUGUGCACGCCCGUUCACUUCCACACCCCCACACAACCCUGCGGCGAUUCUUAGUCAAAUCAUAUUCAGGGUUCGGUUACCUGGAAGAGGCCCGCGAGCCAAAAGCAGAGUAUAUAUAUUGGAGUAAACUCCCAACUGCUAAUGUUGCCCUGUAUCUGCUGGAUGUUGAAAUAGGCUGCAGCUGUGAUGUGUCAAAUGUGGUGGACGCAGCGUUUAAACAACAGUUAAAUCAAAUUGUUCAGGUCACAUCACUUCAAAAGCUCACAAAUCUUGUAACCAGUUGUCGUCACAUGAGCAGCAGACCGGUAUCUGACUAACUGUUGUUCCUCUCUAACUGCUUGACUUCGGUUAACAAACAUUUACACGACACAGGAAUGUUUGCCUGACAAAACACUUUUCACCGUUGACUUUAGCGUUUACUUUAAAACAAGCUUUAUGUUUAUUCAGUGUUAUUUUCCUGGAAAUGUUUCCCAACUAGCAUGACUCAGUUACAUUCAGUCACUGCCAGCGAAGCAGCUCACACGUAUGCAUCAAACCUUUGACUGAACUGUUUGGAGGGCAGUGUAGUAGCAUUUGUCUUGAAGAAAUCCUGUAAUACCACGUUUGCCUUUUUUCAAACUGAUACUUGUCCAACCCGUGACGAUAUUUUCCGACAUGAGGAUGAAGCUGAACUAUUGAAAAUAUAAAGAAAUCAAAUGGAAGACAUCUUGAAAUGUUGACUUUCUGGUGAUAACGUGCAGAUUCUGUUUGACAGACAGUGUGUGGGAUUUAGUGGCAUCUAGUGGUGUGUUUGCAGAUUACAACCCCUUCCAGCUCAGAGUGUGAAGGAUAUGCAGCAUCUGUAGAUAUAAAAGUCUCAUUCUAAGGUGAUUAUACACAAAUACAAACAGAGUAAUGGAUAUAUUAUUCCAUAUUCUGUAAAUAGAGCCACCUAAAUCUGACACACUGUUUAACAUGAGUACUCCUCUAAAACGUCCCAUGUGAAGUGAAGAUAUCUCGAGGAAGGAUCUGAUGAUCUGUAAACUCACAGUAGAAGUUUUUGUGCCUGAAAAUCUGUGAAUUGAAGUCAUGAAAUGUUUUAUUUGUGUCGAAGGAGGCGUCGAAAGCCAUUAAGGAAAUGUGAAAAGGUGUCACUGUUACUGUCUUCCAUGAGAUGUCAGAAAUUAGUUAAUUAGUUUCAAUAGAAGAAAAUCUUUAAUUAAAAGACAAAAAGCUCUUUUAAAUGCUGUUUAGGGGGAAAACUGGAGAGAAAAGUGUAUUUAUUUAUUUAACACUUUUAAUUUAUAAUUGUAAAUAAGACUUUGUGAAGUGGAGAACUCUUGUAUCUGAAUAUCUGUGCACAUCAAACUAAAUUCAAACUAAUUUCUUUGCAGUAACUUGUUGUUGUAAUCUUCAUUUGUGCAUCUGAUGAUCUGUUGACAGACGUUUUAGAGAACUUCACCUGUUCGGUAGCUCUCAUGAUGAUGUGGUUGGUGGAAUCAGGUGUAGAUUUACAGAAACUUACAGAUACAUAAAUCAAAACACCAAUUUUUUACUUCAGAGACAAACGUGCACAAAUAUUCAGAUACAUGCGUCCAACAUUUCAUUAUAUGUGUGAAUUAUACAGCUCUGGAUCACAUUAAGAGGCCGCCCCAUAUGUUUCUUAAAUCAACACACCUCAUGCUACUUAACGAGGUCCUGAUGACGUGAUCACCUGAACCAAAUCUGGUUUAACGAGUCUAAAAACGCCGAUAGGAGCAGCUGGAUGGUAAAAACAAACAGAGUUACUUUAACUUUAAAAGUAACUGUUGAUCCUGAAAAGAAAAGCACGCCAAGACGCCUGAAAGCUGGGAUUCAAAGUUAUUUUUCCAGUUUCCAGAGCUGUAUGUACAUUAUUAUUAUUUUCUCUUCAUAGUUUUUGGCAUUGAAACAUUCAAAAUGUCCAAAACAGAAGGUUAACGGUGCUAAACUGAUCAGUUCAAAUGUUUAAAUCACUGAAUCUCCAGUAUAAAAACCACUGAAGCCAUCCGGCUCCUCCACUGUACAUGAAGUGCACGGCUGCCCUGUUAAUGCAAACGUUAAGUAUCAUGUCAAACCUCGUGUAUCCAUAGUGCAGGGUUUAUUUUAACGCAUGAGUGUGAAAACACUGUAGACGACCCUGAGAAGUAGAUCCUGAAGUGUUACGUGUGGCGGUACAAAGUGACAAAUCUGUGUUUGGAAGUCAAGUUUCAAUGACGAUCACAAAAAAAAAUGUAACCUCAGCUUCAGCUCACACUCACACCUCCACCCGCACACCUGCAGUAUUUCAUCCAGCUCACUUUGUGGUGUAGCGUCCUCCUGUGUGUGUGUGUGUGACCUUUGGAAACCUAUUUUGAUCUGCAUAUGUGACUCUAAGAUAUUUAUACAGAUGUGAUGAUGUUCUGGAUGUUGUCGUGUCAAGUUACAGAUCAUAAGGGCUCAAACCACUCUGGCAGUAGAUUGAGGAAGAAAAGGGAAAAUAUUGUCUAGACACAGAAGAAUGAAUAAAAGUGCAAAAAUGAAUAAAA